UUCCGUUUUCCCCCUCCCUAUCCCCUUCCCCUUCCGACGGACGGAGGCAGGCGGUCGCCAUGGCUAGCGGGGUUAUUAAAUGCAAGGCUGCUGUUGCCUGGGAGGCAGGGAAACCUCUCUCUCUAGAGGAGGUAGAAGUUGCUCCACCAAAAGCUCAUGAAGUUCGUAUCAAGAUAGUUGCCACUGCUGUCUGUCACACUGAUGCCUACACUCUGAGUGGUGCUGAUCCUGAAGGAUCCUUCCCUGUGAUCUUGGGUCACGAAGGAGCAGGAAUUGUGGAGAGUGUUGGGGAAGGAGUAACAAAAGUAAAGCCAGGGGACACUGUAAUCCCUCUAUACAUCCCCCAGUGUGGAGAGUGCAAGUUCUGCAAGAAUCCUAAAACAAAUCUUUGCCAGAAGAUAAGAAUUACUCAAGGGAAAGGACUCAUGCCUGAUGGUACCAGCAGAUUCACCUGCAAAGGAAAACAGAUUUACCACUUCAUGGGGACUAGCACCUUCUCAGAGUACACUGUGGUGGCUGAUAUCUCAGUAGCCAAGAUAGAUGCUGCAGCACCUCUUGAUAAAGUCUGCCUGCUGGGUUGUGGCAUCUCUACAGGCUAUGGGGCUGCUGUUAACACUGCUAAGGUGGAAGCUGGCUCUACAUGUGCUGUCUUUGGUUUAGGAGGAGUUGGGCUGGCUGUUAUUAUGGGCUGUAAAAUAGCAGGAGCAUCUCGGAUCAUUGGCAUUGACCUUAACAAGGAUAAGUAUGCCAAAGCCCAAGCAUUUGGAGCUACUGAGUGCAUAAGCCCUGAAGACUUCAAGAAGCCAAUACAGGACGUGCUGGUUGAGAUGACUGAUGGUGGUGUGGAUUAUUCAUUUGAGUGCAUUGGAAACGUUGGAGUCAUGAGGUCUGCCUUGGAAGCCUGCCACAAAGGCUGGGGAGUCAGUGUGAUAAUUGGAGUAGCUGCUGCUGGUCAGGAGAUCUCCACACGGCCAUUCCAACUAGUAACUGGGAGGACAUGGAAAGGGACAGCGUUUGGAGGCUGGAAGAGUGUAGACAGUGUCCCAAAACUGGUGACUGACUACAUGGCCAAAAAGAUCAAGGUUGAUGAAUUUGUGACUCAGACCCUGCCUUUUAACAAAAUUAAUGAGGCUUUUGAGCUGAUGCACACAGGAAAGAGCAUUCGAACUGUGCUAAAGCUUUAGAGCCAAACCUGGACCUUCCCGUUGACCAGCAACAUGGCAGCUGUCCAUUUAGAAUGGAAUUCCUGAUAGAGGAUAGAAUCAAGCAAAUGAAGAUUCACUGGGAUGAAGGAAGAGGAUGUCUUUUAGAGUAAGCAGUCUGAUUAUUAAGUGUAAAAAAACUGGUAGCCACUUAAAAGCCUUAUAUAAUUUGAACUGGUGGUAGAACUUCUAUUUCUAUACUUGUUCUAAAAAUUCAAUCGUACCUAACUCAAUCUACUUAAUAAAAGCUUAUUUCUAAACACAGUGUUGGAAUUAUUGAGGAUUAUGACUGAUUGUUGGGUCUUACCCUUUUCCUCUAGUGAUUUUUUUCUGUGUCAAUGAAAGGAAGAGCAUUUUUCAAUCACUGACAAGUUCAUUACAUGAGGCAGUUUGCUGAGAAGGAGCAGUGAUGUGUUUUAACACUGAGAGUGGCUGUUAAGCUUCUGAGACUAUUCUAGGACUCCAGAGGAUGUACCAUGAUGAAGGCUUCAGAGUUUUUUGUUUGUUGGAAGGCAGGAGUUAGGUCUUCAUUUUGGAGUUGGAGGUUUGUGUUUUUUUUAAACUAGAGUUGAAAUGCUCUGAGUAAAAUUCUAAUUAAAACCUGGAAGCAGUGCCCAAGGUCCUGAAGAACAGGAAUGGCAAAAAACUGCAGAGCAGAAGGAGAGAAGCUACCAAGUUGAAGAAAAAGUAUACAUAAUAAGUCAGUGCUUCUCAGUGAACCAAGGACACUGACUGAGAGAAGUUUCAUGUUAUAAACUGUUACAGAAAGCUCAAUGCAAACAGCAGUCUUAUCAGAAGAAAUUCUCACCCCUAACAACUGCUUUACCCCAAGAGACUGCCUAUGCAGCUGGGACAAUUACAUCUUUUUAAUUUGUCACUGGAAAGAUGUCCCUGUAGUCUUCUGAAAUCGUUGAAAUAACUGCAUUUAUAACUUCAUUUCAGACACUGUAAACAACAGAGUUAACUCCUGUGAAUGUCAUAAAAAUUGAAUUUUGAGCAUCUGGAAGAAGUAAAAAGUGAGUCUGUACAUGGAAAGUGAAACUUCCAAGACAGCAGUCAAGUGAUUCUUAGUACAUCAGAGCUCCCCAAGUGCUGGUUGGUCUUAAGAGAAUUCACUAGAAGAUUUACUGUCAAGCCUUUCCAAAAGCAAGAGUACUCUAUAAUAAACUACAACAUGGUAUCAAUACAGUAUUAGCUCAGCAUCUCAGCAAAACCACCUCCCCCACUGGAUCUAACAUUUAAAAGCAUUUCUAACAUAACAACUGUUUCUGGAGGCUGCACAGACUAAAUCAAGCCUAAACUGCCAUGUUUUCUGCAUUGCAUUAUUUUAGGGAACCUGCAUCUUAAAAUAACUUUGUAAAGCUGGUCUUGUAAUACCAGGUCACCAACAAAAACCUUCAGAAAGAGCAGAACACUCAGGUCAAAGACUUACAGCUUCUUCCCAGCCUGAAUAAUAAUAUUAAUACUGAUGUCCCAGCCCUUACCUAGCAGAGUUUUCUGACUCUUUUGUCCUGCAAAGCAGCUGAUUAAAUGGAUCAUGUUUGAAGUGGUCUCUUUGAAGUUGCUCACCUAACAAAGGGACUCAAACAUAGAAGUUAUCCUUGGAGAUCAAGGUGCUGUAUUAAACUGUACCAUCUUGACAACUGUAAGGACAUCAAUGGACAAAAAGUUUCCACCAAGGGACUUACCUGAAACAUGUAUAUGGUCUGCUGGCUGUCAUGUAAAAGAUGGAGCUUGUGCCUUCUUCUUGUGCUGUUAUUCGCCAUCAGCUAAUAAAUCUUAAAUAUUCAUGUUAAUUUGCAGAAACUGCAUUAAGAGUUUCCAGGGUCUCUUAUCUGAUAAUAAAGGGAAAAUACCUAAAGAGAGUGUUUCAGAACUGGCUGCAUGAUGGGUUGGUUUUUUUUUUGGCAAACUUUCUAAAAAUAUCAUUAGAAAGGAGAUUUAAGCUGUGGGGUUUUCGUUUUGUUUUUUAACUGGAUAUCAACUUUUCUAAGAAUCAAAAAUAGAUAAUAUCCCAAUUCUAGUCAGCACAAGUCUAAUAUGUCAUGUUCAAGCAAAGUUACAGCUAGAUAGGUGAAAAAAAUAGAUAUUUUUAUUAAAUAAGUUUUCUGCAACCAGAUGUGUUGUCUCAUGUUGAAAGAACUGGUGUAGGUGCUGACUAAACUUUCCACUUGUUUAAAAACACUGUAGUAGUAUGAAAUCAGAAUAAAGAUUUUUCAUGCUGUGAUCUCAAAUUAUAGUCAGAAAUAUACAGCAUCAUAGAUUACCUAUAUUAAAAAUGUACAGUGUCAAAUUUGGUUGCAUUGGUGCAACAAGAAGUAAGUGUUCAAGUUGCAUGUGUGCAGACCAAAGGAUGAUUUUUAACCAGUGCAAGCAACCUCGAUGUAACUGAGAAUGCUCUGUCUGGUUUUGGUUCACAAAAAUAAAUAAAUUUU